GUGAAGUGUAUUUGAUUGAGUGAUCAAUUGGUUUACGGGUUGUCAACAAUGAAUUGAUAGUUAGCUGAAGACAACACGAGAGACAAUGUCUGAAACGAGUCAAACAAAUGUCGACUAUUUGCUCGAGAAGUUCACCAUAACUGAGAUAAUAGACAUCCAAAACAAACUCAAGACAGACAUCGACCGCAAGAAACAAGAACUCAAACAAUUAGUCGGUGAACGAUAUGGCGAUCUCAUCGAAGCCGUCGAUACCAUCAAACAGAUGAACCAAAGCGUUGAUAAUGUCCUCAACUCUUUGCAAUCGCUGGCCAGCAGUCAAUCAAAUCAUAUGCUGUCUUUGAAACAGAGCUCAUUUGAUAAGACCAAUGGUUUUGAUGAACAGCACUCCCGAGGAAGUGGUGAUUUAGUCAAGAGAUACAAAUGUGGAAUUUGGACAUCUCUUGAGAAGGAGGAUCUGUUGCGCUCCACUUAUGAUUACUUUUAUGGACAACAUUUGUGUCAACUCUUUGAACAAUUAGUUCCGGCGAAUGAGACGCCGAGUCUAUUAAAACAGUACAAAACAGCUAUCAAUCGAUUCAAUGAAGUGAUUGUGAAGAAGUGCUGGCAUUUCGACCAAAAGAGUUCAUUAAUGGAUACAUUGGAUGAGUCGACAAAUGCUGAUAUUUUUUGCUGUUUACUUGUGUUGCAAGACUUGAAUCCAAAUCAUCUCUUCGAUACAGUUCUGGAGAAACGAAAGUCUGCGCUCGAAGUGAUUGACAAUCAGAUGAUCACAAACCAAACUAAACAAUGGGUUUCAAAUAUGAAGACUUUUGUGGAACCGCUUUUGGCUAAACUCUUUGAAUCGAUCGAUUCCGUGAACACUAUAUGUGUUGUAUUGAAUGAAAUCAACGAUUAUUUGAAACGAAGCCAAAAGACUGAUGAAUGGGAGGUCUAUUGUGAAGAACUUAUGGGCGUUUAUUUGCCGAUUUGGGAUCACUUUAUCAUAAGUCAUGACUUGGAGACCAUUGAAACACAUUUAGUAAAUGCCUGCCAUUCGCUAAUAGAAGAUAUAAAGGGUCUCUUCGAGUCCAAUAACGAUACCAAUAAUGAAAUAAUACUAUUUAGUGCACAGUUUUUUCGUCAAAUAACUCAGUCGUGCCCUCAUUUGAAGCAAUGUUUUGAGACCUCUUCUCCCGUCAAACAGUAUUCGUGGUCUAAAAUGAAAGAUAUAUUGCUUUCCUAUUCUUAUAAGUCAUAUAAAGCAAUGUUUGAUCUGAAACUGAAACAAUUGUUUUCAAAUACAACGAGCCAUUCAUUAACCGAUUUAAACACAUUUAUAUGCAAUUCUUUCGUUUGGGAUAUCAUUAAAACAACUGAAGUGUCAGACGAAGGAAAAACAGUCACCUCUAAGAUCGAAGUACCGCUUCAGAUGUCAUCAUUUCUUCACAACAAUUUCACGCAAUUGUCUAAUGAAGUGAACCGUUUGACUGGACAUACAGUUCCCAGAGUAGUGGUCAUCGACACACUCUCCACAUUAAGCCAAUAUUUAAGUCAACUCUACGGCAGUGCGUGUGACGGCCUGUCCGAACACGAGUACCCAAAGAGUAUCAAACAAGUGAUUGCUCUGCAAUUGUAUUUCGAUCUCUUGUAUUUCAAACAAUUGUUGGCCACCACUCGCGACGAGUCCAUCAAAAGCAAACAAGUGGUCAAAAUUUACACGAGUACCCAAAGAGUAUCAAACAAGUGA